AUGUCAACCUCCAACAGUGGCGAAAAGCAGAAUCCGCGUCCAGUCCAGAAGACCAGGGCUGAUCAGGUCAAGACAGCGCAUGGACAAACAGAGGGAAUGAUCCGCCAGUCGGCCAUUGUCGAGUUAUCUCCGUCCAUCUGUGGCACGUUAAUGCGUGCGCAACCGCACUCUGCUUCGGCAGUCCACCAUCAUGGCUCGCAAGACACUAUCGUCUACGCCGUCAGCGGCUAUGGAUCUCUUGUAUCAUCCUCGGGCAAGGGGAAAGACGGUCCGUUUGGCGAUGUCAGGCAAGAUCUCAAGCCAGGAGAUUGGGCGUUAAUCCCAGCGUACAGGGAACAUCAGGAGGUGAACGACGGAGAUGAAGAAGCCGUGUGGGUUAUAGUGCGCGCGCCGGGAGGGGUCCCUAUCGUCGAGAACUUGAGCGGUUGGGGCGGGAGCUUGGAGAGUUGA